CUAAAUGCGAAAUGCUUGAUUGUGACUCUCAUUCCUUGGUAGCUGUCAUUUUACAAACCAACGCUUUCCACUCAACUCUUAAACGGUUUAUACAUAUUCUCUGAGUCUGGACGGUGCAUACUAAGUAAUUUUCAAAUCAAUAUUAAGAAUUGCGCAUCAUUUCCAAAGUCGAAAAACUAUUUGUGAGGGCAUUAAAUUGGGAUGCAGUAUCGAUUUGCGACAUCGAAAUAAAUAGAAAAGAUUAUUCAUCCGAGGCUAAAUUCAGGAUGGCAAAUCAAAUGAAAAUCACCGAUGUCCCAGACGAUUGCCUCGAGCACAUCUUCAAGAAAUUGGAGCUCAUGGAUCUGUUGAACGUGGCCCACUCCAGCAAAAGUUUCAAAGGAGCCCUCGAUUUGGCGUACACGAGCACGUACGGGGGGAAGAAAGUAAUUCUUCGAAAUGACAAACCAUCCUACAAAGUGGACAAGUGCAAAAUUCAUAUACAUGAUUUAUUGAUGAGCUUGAAACUUCUGCGCUGUUUUGGACAUAAGAUUCGCAGCCUCGUGUGUAUGAACAAUCCCGAUGUUCUUUUGGAGCGAUACGUGAACAGUUUCUGCGCAGAUUCGUUGGAGAAAAUUGAAUUCUCUUUUGCGUGGGACGGCGCAUGGGAAAAUCUCAGAAAGCCGUUUACAAAAAUCGAAGCUGUUCGAUUCAACAGCUACUCUGAUUUGAAGGCCGAUGUCACUGAUUUCAAUGUGUGGUUUCCGCAGAUGCGACGCUUGGAGUUUAUUGGAACUGGUGCAAAAAAUUGCAGCUUUAUCGCAAAACAUUUUCCGAAUUUGGAGCAUGUGGCAAUCAUUGAAUAUUAUCUUGUCGAUUAUUCAUUCGAUAGCUCGAAUAUUGUUGAAUUGUUGCGCUUGAAUCCACAGAUAAAAAGUUUGGAGCUUCAUGACUACUUCUUGGUUACCGCAGCCUUCAUUCAAAGUAUUAGCGAACACUUGCAACGCAUCGAAACUUUGGCGGUUGGCUUCUGUGAAUUCUUCAUUCACACCGAUGGCGUUGUUCACUUUCAAAAUGUGAAACACUUUACAGUGGAGUUUUGGGCAGAAGAAGAACCAGAAUUUCAACUAGCGUUCGACCAAAUCGAGACGUUGAAUGUAUGCGCUCAUAAGUGUCAGUUGAAUACUGCCUUUUUGGAGUUCAUCCGAAUACAUCGAUCAUCAUUGGUCAAAGUGGUUGUGAGCGGCGAUUGCGGAGAAGAUCCAUUCAGAGCUACCAAUAAAACCGAAGUCGCUAUGGCUAUGGAUCAGCUAGUGGACAUUGACAUAAGAUACACGGUUCUUUCGGUGAACGAGGCGAUUACAUUUUUGGACACAUGCACAUCGCUCAAAGAGUUUCGUUUCAAACUCAAAGAUGCCGCAAAUAAUAUCGAUUCGUUGAAGCAGCGUGCUGCAAUGCGUGGCCAUGGCCAUGGCUACGAAUGGCGUUUGUCCGUUGAAGAUGACAGCCGCAUUUUAUUGCAACGGUAGUCGAUUUCUACUUCAAGCAAACUCACAUCAACAACAAAAAUACAUUCCGAACACAUUUAUCGUUUCACUUCAAAACAAAAUGUUCUUAGAAAGUGCUUAGACAGAAACGUUUAAUUUCAACUCAGAAAAACUACCUACCUUAGAAAACUAAGAGCAAAAAAAGGUGUCAUACAUUAGUUGAAAUUUUGAAAAUCAACUUGAAAUAACACAUCAGAUUUAAUUUCUUUUUUUAUUGAAACAAAACGGAAAUAAAUUGAAA